AUGUAUCCGAAUGGCUCAUGUCAGGCGGCUCCGGACGUCAUCUUGAAGAACAGCCUAGUCUUGGGGCAGCACCACCAAGAGGGCAUGCGAAUGAGGCGCCACGCCUUGCUAUACCAUUUCUCUCUCGAGAACAACGGACUGAGUACGCAAAAGCAAGCCAACCACCUCGGAUGGAAAUAUGGACCUACUGCAUUCGUCAUCACCAUCUUAUGCUGGCUUCUUAUUUUGCUCACUGUUCGUGUUCUCAAGCAUCCGUUUCCUCCUACCACUGACAGCUCCCAGACCGUCUUCUCCACCGGCCUUCUGGUACUUGAGCCAACGGUGAUCGUUCGAGAGGGUAUUUCGAUUCCUAUCCAGUCAACAUUCGACGCGCAGGGCUAUCAGAUUCCUCAGCUAGGUCCAGCGGCAGCACAACUAUAUUACGCCAUAAACUUCCAGGGCCUUCCCUAUCCCAUGGGCACCUCUGCCGACACGGUGGUUCCUAAGAUUGGUCUACCUGACUCCCCGGCCCAGGCAAACUACUCGGUCGUCAACCGAGGGGCCAAGGUUGGCAUCAACGGCAUGUUCUGCACCAUCGAUAUCGCCACCCCAGAGUGCAACAUCAGCAGCGCUAUUGUCGCGGCUGGCCCUGACUCGAACCACUAUGUCCAAGAAAACGCGACUCAAAACUUUCAAGGCAUUAUGCAGGAUUAUACGUGCAACAACGGCGUCGAAUACAGCCGUUUGCAUGAUAUGACUACCAAUUACACGGAAGAACAGGUGGUCAAUGCCAGCAUGCCACACCGUGUCCUCCUGACCAUGGCAAAUCUGCCAUUUACGCCGAUGAAUCGUUCGCUCACACGGCCUGAGAGAAUUUAUAUUCAGGAUUUCACAGCUGCACUGUGCACCUACAACUACACUUUGGACGAUUUUGAGGUUGAAUCACUUGUAGAGUUUGGCACUAGAAAGCAGGCAGCCAUGCAAACAACUCACCACCAAGGGGCACAUGAGCUAGAGAUCCCUGGAUUUCCGAAAGGCAUGCUUGGGAAGUCCGUGGAGUAUGCAACUCGGUUGUUAGAUGUCGGGACCGGCGGCGUGGAUUUUGUUCUAUCCACGCCUGUUACGUCGUUUUUCCGCCUUGUGACGAUCAAGCAAAACAGAACCACCAUCGGUGAUUUCAUGGACCCAGAUCUCCUGAUCUCGACAGCGUCAAAUGUGUUCAAAGGUGUCGGUACACAGCUUCUUGGCACUGUGGCGUUAAACCCUGCUAUUACAUCGACAGAGAGAGGUUGUGUCACUGUCGUGGAGGAUCGCCUGCACGUCACUGAGCUUUCCACGGCUUUUAUGUGCACAUUCCUAUCUUUGACUACAAUCCUCAGCCUUGCAGUGGUGUUUCUACGUCCUCAAGAUGUGUUCCAUCGUGAACCCGGAUCCAUUGCCGCAACAGCUGCAGUGCUCGCCUCAAGCCCGGGACUUGAAAAACUUCUGCUUGGUCUAGGGACCUCGUCGCAAGCUGCUAUUUGCAACAGGCUACCAAGGUUCAACUUUCGGAGUUCCUACUACUAUGGACCAGAACCCGCCUUCGUUGUCGAGUCUUUGGAUAAUGGACUAGCAUCUAUCGAAAAGAACAGCCGGGGCCAUCACAAGCGUGAUGGACUCUUGGAUAUUGGCGAGUCAGACUCGCUACGUUUUGUAACAUAUGUACCGGCUGCUGUGGCAAUCUACCUUGGGGGUACGUACUCAAGUUUCGGGUCGAUGGCGGCUACUUUUGCUCCGUACUCGAUCCUCAAGCAACGCAACGCCACCCCCGAGCGGUCGAUCACUCUCCGGCUUGUUGGGAAGUUGGCACCACAUGCGCUUCUCGAUGCACUCAAAACACGGCAUUUCAGUGUCGCCAUCAUUCUCGCGGCAAACUUCGUUGGCGGCUUCUUGACGAUCGUCAUCUCAGGCCUAUAUAGCGCCAUUCCAGUUAACAACACUCGAACCGUGAUGCUGCAGCAGGCGGACGUCAUUGAUCUGUCGGCCGGCAACAUCUCACUUGAGGACAAUCAGGCGGCAGCAAUCACUUCACUUAUAGAAUAUAUCGACCUACAAAGUCCCCAGUGGACUUACGAUGACUUGCUGUUCAACACGAUGCAUCCGAUUACGAGCCCCUCCAAGCAGGACUUGUCACAUGAACAGCCCCUUUCGGCCAUGCUUCAAGCUGUGAGACCUGGCCUGGACUGCUUCACUAUACCAUCGAAUGAUCGUCAUAUUCAGGUGUACAAUUACACAAACGGCCUGACGUUGAUGCCAGGUAUGACUGAUGUUUACCCCGGUAGACCAGGAGAGCUUGUUGUUCAGGUAAACACAACGUUGAGGGUAGAGUGUUCACGACCUCUGGCAAACUCCACUUCAGUUUCCAAAGACUGGCUCCAGUACUUUGUCAUUCCUGAUAAAGAAUCUGUCAUCCACGUGGGCAAAGCAUGCCUCCUCGGCUGGUUUGAUGACACAAAGAUUAUCACAUGGGGCGACGGAGCAACAGACACAAGUCCUGAAUCGGGAUCGGGCAUGGGCGUGGAGGGUAUCACGCUCGGAGACUCGGGGCGUCCGUCGAUGGCUUUCACACUGGGGACCGUACGGGCAAGUCGAUCUGGACGUAACGAGAAAGCAAGGCAAUUCGCUGUGGAGAGUGACCUUGCGACACUCGUGUGCUACCAAAGAGUGGAUUAUGUCAUGGCGAAUGUCACAUUUAGCGUACCUUCUGUGACCAUUGACACACUCGUCCCUCCCAUACGAGACGAAUCAACAAGGACAGUCCUGGUAGAUCCGACCACGAACACCACGUCCUUCGCGUAUCCCAUCAACCGCCUCUUGCUCUCAAUCGCAAACUCGCUGACCGCCAACAUGACAGAAUCGGACGACAUCGCAAUUCUGGAUGGGUUCAGUCGCGCUCUCCUGUCCGGACGCGGAGCGCAGCCGAUCGAGACGCUCGCCGGGGAAGCAAACGUGGAAAACCUGCGCAAAGCGGUCACGAGGCUGUACAAGACGUACAUGGCCCAAGCCAUCUCGGCCAACAUGCGACGGGAUGCAGAGCUCUUACCUGCGCAUGAAGGGAGGCUGACCUCGAGUGCGAGGCGCAGGCUAUGGUAUAAUGUGAAUAAUGUCAAGGUCCAGGUGACCAGCUGA